CGAAAUCAAUUCAUGAGUGCUGAUUUACCAUAUUAAAUUCAAGACGCAAUUUACGUACCGGCUAAGAAACUCUAUAAGCUAUUUAUUUUAUAACAACUACAUAUACCGAUUGAAAUGCUGCUAACACUAGCCUUACUGGGCGUGGCCAUACUUUUGGCCUAUAGUUUCUACCACAAUUCCUACACCUAUUGGGCCAGGAGGGGAGUGCCCCAUGAGCCGCCUUUGCCGCUGAUUGGAAAUAUGAUGGGAAUCGGAUCGAAGUACCAUUUCCGGGACAUCAAUCAGAGGAUAUACAAUAAAUUCAAGGGCAAGGCUCCCUUUGCGGGAAUGUUCAUGUUCUUCAAGCGAACCGCCAUGAUCACUGAUCUGGACCUUAUCAAGCAGGUGCUGAUCAAGGACUUUCAUCACUUUCAAGAUCGCGGCAUUUUCAACAAUCCCCGUGACGAUCCGCUGACGGGUCAUCUGCUGACUUUGGAGGGCGACGAGUGGAAAUCCAUGAGGCAGAAGCUCACACCGGUUUUCACCUCCGGAAAGAUGAAGCACAUGUCGGGAGUGGUGGUUGAGGUGGGUCAUCGCCUGGCCGAUGCCAUGGAUAAGGAGGUGAAGGCGGCCAAAGUGGACGAUGGCGAUGUGGAGAUCAAGGAUCUCUGUGCCCGGUUCACCACGGAUGUCAUUGGAUCGUGUGCCUUUGGCCUGGAGUGCUAUAGUCUGCAGGACCCCAAUGCCGAGUUCCGGGAAAAGGGUCGCAUGGUCUUCGAGAAACCCCGCCACUCGAUGCUGGUGCAAGCAUUCAUGUUUACCAAUGCCAAGUUGGCCAAAAAGUUGCGGAUGAAGGUUCUUCGCGAUGAUCUGACGGAUUUCUUCCUGGCGGCAGUGAAAAACACCGUCGAAUAUCGCAUCAAAAACAGCAUAAAGAGAAACGAUUUUAUGGAUCAGCUAAUAGAACUCCGAGCCGAGGACCAAGAGGCGGCCAAAAGGGGUCAGGGUAUCGAUCUGUCAAACGGAUUGACCCUCGAGCAAAUGGCUGCCCAGGCCUUUGUGUUCUUUUUGGCAGGAUUCGAGACCUCCUCCAGCACGAUGGCCUUCUGUUUGUACGAACUGGCCCUCCAACCGGAGAUUCAAGACAAGGUUAGGGCGGAGAUUGAAAGUGUUCUGGAUGGGAAGGAGAUUACCUACGACGCUUUGGCCGAAAUGACUUAUUUGGAUCAGGUGUUGGCUGAAACCCUUCGAAAGCAUCCCAUUAUUCCGCAACUUUUGCGCGAAACCAACCAGAGCUACAAUGUCCCUAAUACAGAUUUUGUAAUCGAAAAGGGAACCACAGUUCAGAUACCCAUACACAACAUUCACCACGAUGCGGAUUUAUAUCCUGAACCAGAGCGUUUCGAUCCCAGCCGCUUUGAGCCGGAGGCAGCCAAGUCCCGACAUCCUUUUUCCUAUUUGCCAUUUGGCGAUGGACCCCGUAAUUGCAUUGGACUGCGUUUCGGUAAAAUGCAGGCUAAAAUUGGCUUGGUAUCCCUGCUGCAACGGUUCAAGUUCGGAAUUUCAAAACUAACCGAGAUUCCCUUAACCUUGGACACCCGCAGUCCCACUUUGUCCAGCAAAUACGGCAUUCAUCUGAAAUUGCUAUUCCGUCGAACUGUGGGCAUCAUGUAUACGCUCCUGGUUCUUCUGUUAACCGCUGGAAUUUUACUAUAUGUCAAGCUCCGCCGGCACUACGCCUACUGGAGGCGCAGGGGCGUGGCGGGCGAAAAACCAGUGUACUUCCGCGGUAAUAUGACUGGAUUCGGCAAGGAGCUCCACUGGACGGAUAUCAACAAGCGGAUCUAUGGAAAAUUCCGGGGAACCGAGCGCUACUGCGGCUACUUCACCUUCCUGACGAAGGCCCUGUUCGUCAUGGACUUGGAGCUGAUCCGGAAGAUAAUGAUCAGUGACUUUGGCAGCUUCGCCGAUCGCGGACUCUUCCACAAUGUGCGGGACGAUCCGCUGACGGGGAAUCUCCUCUUCCUGGACGGUCCCGAGUGGCGGUGGCUGCGCCAGAACCUGACGCAGGUCUUCAGCUCGGGCAAGAUGAAAUACAUGUUCCCCAACAUGGUGGAGGUGGGCGAGAGAUUGAAGGCGGCGUGUGACCAGGUGAUCGGCGAGAUCGAGGCCAAGGAUCUGUGUGCCCGCUUCACCACGGACGUGAUCGGUAGCUGUGCCUUCGGUCUGGAGUGCAAUAGCCUGCAGGAUCCCGACUCGGAGUUCCGGCGCAUGGGCAUCUCGGUGGUCUCGAAUCCCCUGCACUCGGUGCUCGCCCAGGCCUUCAUGUUCACCCAGCCGGAUCUGGCCAGGAAGCUGCGCUUCAAGCUGUUCCGUCCGGAGGUCAGUGAGUUCUUCCUGGACACCGUACGCCAAACACUGGACUACAGACGGCGGGAGAAUAUCCAUCGCAAUGACCUGAUCCAAUUGCUCAUGGAACUGGGCGAGGAGGGGGCCAAGGAUGCGUUAUCCUUCGAACAGAUUGCCGCCCAGGCCUUGGUCUUCUUCCUGGCCGGGUUUGAUACCUCAUCCACCACCAUGUCCUUUUGUCUGUAUGAGCUGGCCUUGAAUACCGAUAUUCAGGACAAACUAAGAGUUGAGGUGCUCGACGUUUUGGGACGCCACAAUCAAAAACUCACCUAUGAGUCCGUUCAGGAGAUGCCCUAUUUGGAUCAGGUGGUGGCCGAGACCCUGCGAAAGUAUCCCAUUCUGCCGCAUUUAUUGAGGCGUUCCACCAAGGAAUACCUAGUACCGGAUAGUGACCUGGUUCUAGAGGCGGGAACUAAGAUUAUGAUACCUGUGCACAGUAUUCAUCACGAUCCCGAGCUAUAUCCAGAUCCCGAGAACUUCGAUCCCAGUCGCUUUGAGCCGGAAGAGGUUAAGGCCCGUCACCCCUUCGCCUAUUUGCCCUUUGGCGAGGGUCCUCGCAAUUGUAUAGGCGAGCGUUUCGGGCUAUUGCAGGUCAAGGUGGGUCUUGUCUACCUCCUGAGGGACUUCAAGUUUAGCAGAUCAGAGAAGACUCAGAUCCCGCUGAAGUUCUCCAGUCGCACAUUCCUGAUCUCCACCCAGGAGGGAGUUCAUCUCAAAAUGGACAAAAUUGCCACACCCUAGCAAUGAAUUAUGUAUUAGUCACACAAUACGAAAUGUAAAAAUUGUUAUCACCAAAUAAUUGAGGUUCUAGAUUGCAUUAAGUCCUAUAAUAUACAAAUGAACAUAAAGAAAUGGUCUUUUA